UAAAAGGGUAACCGUAUUUCAGUGAACUUGUGUUGUUCUAUCGCCUGCUUGGACUCACAGCAGCUGUGCUGGCGUGUUGGUUAUGUGUGUCAGUCACUUCCUCUCGCUCGCUCCGGUCCCUCCCGGUAUAAGACAAAGACAAAGGUAUUGAUUUCUGGUCGAUUUGUUUGCCUGUUGUGAUUUCUCAUGGAGAAAAAGAAAGAAAUGAACGUCAAUUCACGAUUCGACGCUUUUAUGUUGCUUUUGUUGCGUUGAAAAAAAACGAGAAAAAAAAAACCCCAAAAAGAAAACAGAGCAGAGAUGUGGACGUCCGUUUGGAGAGCCGACCUCUCAGGUUGACUAUUUAGAGUUAAGAGAGGAGUGUUUAUUUGGAGCUCCGCCCGGCCAUGGCGAAGUCCCCGGCUCCUGGGUCGGGGGAGUACCCGAACGACUACAUCGACAUUGUGAACGAGAUCAACGACUUCAUCGCCUCCCUGGACGCGCCGCCGCUGGACAACCACUCCAAAGAGCUGGUGGCUGGCGGUGGCGACACGCCGCGGAAAAAGAGCGCUGCGUACGGCGGCGAGAACUACCUCGGUGAUGAGAUGAAUAUAAUGGGAGGCGGUGAGGGCGCCAGUAGGAGCCGCCACGCGAGCGGGGAGAGGCGAGCGGUGGUAGCGACGAGCCAGCUGUCCGUACCGGCGGGUGGCGGCGGUGAGGAGGGGGUGAUGAUGACGGACGACGGCUACCCUUACGACGACCUGUCCGGCGAGGGAGGGGGCACGACCAUGCCCUUCCCACUCGUGGUGCAAGACGACGACGAUGACGACGCGGAGUCGACCGGCUUCGGGACCUACGACUACGUCGUACAGGAGCCGGAGAGGCAACGCGUGGCCCCGGCGGCGUUCCCGAGUGUCGGCGGGGAUAGUGGUGGCAGAAGUGGCCGUAGAGACAACCCGAGUGGAGCUUGCUACCAGUCCGGUUACGGUGGCGUCACCGGCAGAACUGCUCCCGCCUCGACGUUAUCGUAUUCUCAUGACGGAAGUGACGUCAACGUCAGAGACAGAAAUAUUUCUGCCUACCCAGAAUACGGUGACGUCAGAGACAGAAAUAUUUCCGCGUACUCGGAAUUCGGUGACGUCAGAGACAGGGGCAGCAACUACGCCGACUACAGCGACGGCAGCAGUAGCAACUACGGCGUGUUCAGCGACGGCGGCAGUAGUAGUAGUAGCUGUAGCGUGGGCGACUUGGCGGACAGUGACAGUGGUUGUUACAGCCACUACCACCACCCACACCACCAGCAGCACCACCAGCAACAUCAGCAACAACAACAUCAUCUUGCCGGCUCGCAGUCUUCCAAUUCCUUCUCCUCGCAAAUGUCGCCAUCGUCCGCUUCCAGAUGCGGCAGAAUGGUACCAGCGUCGUGGAAUAAUAGUAAAGCUUAUCCCUCUUCACAGGCUGACGCAUGUCAUGACGAAGACGACCUUGCAUCAUGGUCGUCCAGUAAACCCUCACCGCACCACAUCACACCGCGUCAACAUCAGCAACCUUACUCGAUAAGCAGCAGCAGUGGUGGAGGAUACCACAGAGAACCGACUGACCACCAGAAGAGCAGCUCGGUCUCCGAUCUACAACAUCAAAGCCACCAACACCACCACCAGCUUCGCGACGCCAGCCGCCCCGACUCUGUGGAGCAACGGUUUCACCAGGUGGGCUCCAGCGCACACAGCCUCCAGCACCACCACCCUCGACCCACGGCCCGCCCAGAGGACGAGGAGGAAGAGCCGGACUACCAGGAGCCCAGCAACAUCCCUGUGUCCCAGGCGCCGUUGAGGAAGCAGACGUCAGCUGGAGCAGCAAGUCCCGGACCCCCCUUACCGCGGCGUCUAUUCGACAGCAGUGACUACGACUCGCCACCCCCGUCUUCGGACAGAGAAUACGUUCCUGGCUCCCCGAGCACAGGUCGUCAUCCUAACACCACCGCCGCCGUCACCUCUCCGUUCCCAGGAUCAGGACCAGCCCCUGUUCAGUGUAGCGGUAGACCUGCUGUCAGAGACGCAACAUACUCGGUCAUAAGUAAGUCGUCACCGUCACCCUCCAGCCAGAGCUCACUCCAGAAGCUGAGAAAUAGGUGGCCACCAGUCGGUGAUGAUAACAACACAGCGGACAGUUUAGUCACACAACAACACGACGUUCCUACCUCUAAGUCAUCGACGUCACAGCAGCCGAAACCUGUUCAGAGUCGGUGGAAGCCUGCCGUGAAGGAAAAACCUCAGUGGGCGAGCAAAAGUAACAAGUUUGCCCCAGACCAGCAGAGCCAAUCUCAAGCCUCCUCAGACCAACUCAGCCAAUCACCAGCCAGCUCUGACCAGAGCGCUCUUCUCUCCUCCUCCCCCCGGCAGCAACCAGUCUCUAUUCCUAUCACCCGAGUCCCAGACCCAAUCACACGUGUGCCUGACCUGUCAGUUCUUAUCUCUGAACUCCGCUCCGUUAGCCCCAAAUCGGAGCCCUCCCCUAGCCCCACCUACACAGCGUCAGCACGAUCGGAAAGCCACUCCCCUAACCGACGUCACGUGCAAGAAUACAGCCAACCAGCGGGAGGUCACGCGGGCCGUUCGGAUCGUCGCACCCCCACCCACCCAACAAGAUCGGAGAGCCACUCGCCAGGCCGUCGUCAACGACUCGAUAGCCACGCCCACAAACGCACGCUAAGCCCCUCCCACAAGCGCACGCUAAGCCCCUCCCAGGCGAGGUUGACCAACGGGUUGAGAUGUAAGAGCGAGAGCCCCGAGCACGACUAUGAGCCGAUAGAAAACCUACAGGUGGAGAUCCCGGCGACCCCCCGUCCGCAGACGAAGUUCCCGCACGGUCCGGGCAGGGCCAUGGCGGAAGGCGGGGGCCUACAGCCCAAACAUGUCAAGGCCGUUCACAACUUCCGCGGAGCCAACAAUGACGAGCUGUGCUUCAAGAAAGGUGACAUCAUCACUGUGACCCAGUGGCUGGAUGGAGGAUGGUGGGAGGGAACGCUGAACGGCCGCACUGGCUGGUUCCCCAGCAACUAUGUCAAGGAGGUCAAGGCCGGUGCUGAAAAAUGUGAUAGAAACAGAGAAGACUCAUGUCACGGAGCUGAUCAAAGUAUUACAGUCCUACCUCAAACCCAUUGAAGGCACCGCUAUUUUAAGCCCACCGGAAUACAAGCAGCUGAUCGGGAACAUGGAGGAAAUCAUCGCAUUUCAACAGGGCUUUCUAGCUGCAUUGGAGGAGUGUGAGAAGCUUCCCUCAGCCCAGAGGAGAAUCGGUGGCAUCUUCAUGCAGUAUGCAUCCAGUGUAAAGGAGCUCUACUCUAACUACUGCUCCAACCAUCCGAAAGCUGUCUCCAUCCUGCAGAAGCAUCGGGAUGAGUUGAGUAAGUUUGUGGAGUCUCAGGGGGCGUCGCCUCCGGGGGCCCAGGCACUCACCACCAUCUUGUCCAAGCCGUUCACGCGGCUCGACAAAUACCCUAGUCUGCUCAAGGAGCUCGAACGUCACGUAGAGGAGAGUCAUCCAGAUCGAGGUGACACACAAAGGGCCAUAGCUGUGUACAGGAAUAUUGCUAAUACAUGUUUGGAAAUCCGUAAGUUAAAAGAGAUGGAGCAUGAAAUCAUUACAAGCUCCAUACAGGGCUGGGAAGGGGAGGAAAUCAGCAAACUGGGAGAGGUGAAGCAUUUAUCUCAAGUCAAGAUGCAGUCACAGACGGGGGAGAAGUAUGAACGCAUCUUGGUCUUGUUCCCAGCCUGUCUCGUCAUGCUCUCCAUGAGCGAACGGCUCAGCAGCUACCAGUAUGAGGGCAAGAUCCCUCUGAGUGGUUUAACAGCAACUAUCUUGGAAAAUGCUGAGAGUUUGCAGCAAGGUUUUGAAAUCUCAGGUCCAAUGAUAGAAAAGAUCACAGUGGUGUGCGGCACCCGCACGGAGGUCAGCUCAUGGCUGGACGUCCUGACCCAGCAGCUGUCCCAGUCCGGUAACCCCACCCCGUCCGCCAAGCCUCAGCCCCUGCAGGUCCACAUGAUCUCGACGUGCCAGCCCAGUGUCAGCACAGUGACCCCGGCCAAAACCGCUCAGAUCUCAACAACACACCCACCCCCAAUGUCCGCCGCGCCUCCUCCCCCUCACUUCCCCUUCUCCACCAAGACGUCGUGUGUCUGGAGCCUGACCUGCCUGCGACCGUCACCCCCACUGCGGCCUGCACUCAUGUGUAGAGAGGAGGUACUCAAGUCACCGCGGGCAGCCCGCAAGUCCACACAGAAGAGAAAGCCAGUACGCACAUACUCCGGAGAGGACACAGACUGGCAUAGUAAAAAUGAUCCAAAAGUUUACAACGAAGAUGCGUUUAUCCUCCAAGUGAUUGAGGCAUACUGUAAUAGCGUCAAGACGCGACACACAGUCAACUCAUGCAGGAUAGAGGUGGCAAAAAAGAAAGCUCCUGAGGGGAAAGCUAUUUUGAAUAGUCCUCAAAUACUCUUAGCGGAGGAAGAGAAAGUCUUUGAUGAGACAGAACAGCAGGAAAGAACUGUGGUGGACACUGUGUAUGCACUGCAGGAUCGGGUGAAGGAAUUGGAGCAGGAGCAGAGGAAACUUCGCCAGGAGUUGGAAGAGGAGAAACGCUGCCGCAAGAAGCUGGAGAUUCUGGUACGCCAGCAAGUCAUGAAGUCCGGCAUCGUGGACGGGCUGGACGGGAACUCGUGACUGGUCUAGCCACGUCUUUCUCAUCACUGUCUGUCCACUCCUGGAUCAUAAUAGCAUCAUCACUCUCAUUGCAUUUCAUGAAAGAAAAGUGGCAGUUUUUUUGUUUUUUUUUACUCGAAGAGAACUUUUAACGAAAGUUAUUUCUUUAGUUCUACUUUGAAAUUUUUUAAAACUGUAUUUGUGAUGGAAUAGAAGUGAAUAGAAGGAAAAUGAGGGAGGGAGUAGUCUGAGAGCAACUCUUUCAGAAAAGCUGAAUAGAUGGGUGGCAGGGAAACACCGAUAUAAACUAAGAAUUUUUGUUGUUGAGAGCAUCUUGGUGGAAAAUGAAUGGAGUUUGCCGAUUUCUGUUUCUGCUGGCUUUUUUAAAGUGAUGAAGAGAUAUAUGAUUGCUGUACAUUCACAAAGGGAAACCUUGGAGGUUCUUACUUUAUCUGAAGGUUUUGCAGACUUUUCACCUUAUUUCACUUUUUUUAAAUGACCAUUGUUAUCGGUAGAUGAGGAUGCAAUAUUGGUGCCAGUUCUUUAGAUAAAGUUGAAGAAAUUGUCAUAAAGGGCAAUCCAUUGCAGAAGAAGAAAGUGGUUUUCUUAGACAGGCAACCAUCCUGGACAGGUUCAUUAUAAUAUUGAAAAAAUGCACGAGAGUAAAUGGGAAGUGGUUACUUGUACAGAUGAUUGUCUAGGGUAGGUGGCUGUUAGAAGCUUCAAAUGUAGCGUUUCUCAAGUUCAACCCUUUGUUUGUGCUCCACCUCGGGUUGACUUGUCUUUGAGGAUGAGUUGAGAAAAAAAAUUUUGGUAGUUCUAAGAGACACCACAGAUGUUGUUCUUUUGUAGAAGUAGCUGUCAGUCAUGAGAACUUUAGAGUGUGCUGGUGUUGAAUUCUGAAGGUGAAAAACAAGGAAUGAAAGAGGUUGAAGUAAAGAGAAAAUGAUCUUGUGAGUUUGAGGAUGAGUGAAUUUGAAGUGCUUUUCCAUCCCCCACCCCUGUUAUAAUGUCAUCAGUUUGCCAUUGUUGUGGGGGAGUGUUCGCUGAUGACUUCAUGAUGUGAUCAGUUUUGUCAACUGCCUUGAUCCAAGAUGUCCGCACACUUCUGUCUUAUAUAUGUUUUCUUUUCUUUUAUAAACAUUGUCUUUUAUUGAUGUUUGUAUUGCAUUAUACACUUCUACAAAAUUGGUGUCAGAUGUCUGUGUGUGUCUGUGUGCCAUAUUUGUGCAAUGUGCUUUUUGGUGUGGGUGCUUCAAGUCUGCUGCAUUUCUGCCAGUUUCCAGUUUUCAAAAUCCCUCAAGCUAGCAGUACUCUGAAAAAUUCCACACUGAAAUUGCUCGGGGGAAAAAGAAAAGCCUUCGCCAAAACUUAAUCUGAGGUUUGUGCUGAAUUCUGGCUUUUGGUUGUUUGACUCUGGUUUCUAUGCAGUGCCGGUUGUUUAAAGUGGCGGCUGUGCAGAUGGACUGACCCACUGGCUAUAAUGCCUGGGUGUGGCUUUGGAGGUGUAAGGCUGUUGGACUCUCAACCAUUGGGUCGUUGGUUUGAAUCCCACCAGGGGCUCAACAUUGUAUCCGUGGGAAGGCAUACUUCAUUCAAAUGGGAUUGGGUACUGGGGUUUGACAGCGAAAGAUCAUGUCAGUUUGUUUGUGUUUUAGCGCGUGCAACCCGCAGCUAGCACUGUGUAUACAUCCUGGGAUGCCGAGAAUGUUUCUGAAUGUUCUUAUGAUCUGCUGCUAUAGAUUGUAAAAUGCAUAGAGCUUGGGAUAUGCAUUGUACAAAUGCUAUUUAUUAUUAUUGUUAUUAUCAUGAUGAUGAUGAUGAUGAUGAUUAUUAUUAUUCUUGUUAUUAUUGUAAAAGCUACUGAGCUUUAUGUCUUGAGGCAGUGCCUUCAUGGCAGUAGGCCAAGGGAAUGUAGUGCUAGGGGAAAAUUAACUGAGCAGCCAAAAUUUGUCGGUUAUGGGUAUUUGGUGGUGGAAGCACCAUGGUGUAUAUCCCUGUUAUCCACGUCACUACGACUGGUGUCUGUGGUGAAGCUUGGUCGUCUGUGUGGGGAAAUAACAGGCUACUGGUUUCUUUGGACCAGCCGUGUCUCGCGUUACAGGCAGGAGACUGGCCGCCAUGAUAGUUAAGCUUUUUGCCAUUACACUCAGAGAACAUGAGCUUGGUUUCUUCUUUGGAAUGUUUACUUUAUCAUGUAUCUCCUUCGUCCUCCUAGUAAAAUGUAUCCCAUUCCACUUGGGCUGGCCUUGACAGGCAUGGUCAUAGCAGCCCACCACUUAAAUGUGAGGGGUGCCGACAAAAUGAGUUAAAACUCGGAUUUUAGCCCACUGGAAAUAGAUAUGUCAAAUUUAUAGAUGGAUUUUGUACAGUUUAUGAGCAAGAAAUAAUAAAAAACUUGCUUUACUUGAAGAAAGUGGCAACAGUUGAAAGUCUACAAAUU